AUGAAUUCAAAAACUUGUCCUUCCAAUUUCCCUUUUAAUAUAUAAUUGUUAACACUCAUGAUGAGUAGUAUAAUCUAAUUAAAUUCUGUCUCCAUUAAGAAUGAAACCAAUUGCGGUUAUUGUAAUGGUGCUAAAUCUAAUAAACUAUGGGUUACUUCAGGCUUCUAUUGUUACAAAAUGAAAUUAGAUCAAUAUUAGUAAUUAAUGGAUAGGGGUUGGAGAAGAUGUGGAGUUUAUUAUUAUAGACCAGCAUUAGCAUAGAGUUGUUGUUAAGCUUAUGCAUUAAGAGUUGAUACUCACUAUUUUAAACAUAGAAUUACGCAUGAGAAAGUCCUUAAAAAAAUUAAAAGAAUCUAACCUAUUUAGAAUGAUCUUAAUGAUCUUCAUCAAAAGGUUUAAUUUAAAUCACAAAUUAAUCAAGAUCAAUUUACUUAAGCCAUCUUAUCUCAAAUAUAAACAGACAUUGAUACUAAAGAUUUAAUCAUUCUCUCUAAAGUUGGUUAACAUUUUACAUUUAAAAGCAUUUAAUAUAAAGAAGAAGAACAUAUCAAAUAAUUCAAAUAAAUUAUUAUAAAUUGUUUAUCCUCUAUAACAAUUUAAUAAUUAUCAGAUGUCUUCUCUAUUAAUAAUAUUGAACAUUAAAACAUUCUAUUUAAUCUAUUCACUUCUAGUUUAACUGAAUUCUCAAUAUAUGAAAUCACUGUUUUCAGAGGUUAAAUAAAUAAAGUAGAAAAUGAAUGGGGAUUUGGAUGUAAUUUAAUUCCUUAUUUCUACUCCAAAUUACAAACUAAAUUUAAGCCCUUGUAUCCUCAAUUCUUAACUUUAGAGGAAAACAAAGAGUAUAAAUUAUUAAUUUCUAAAUAUUUAUCUAACCUAUAAUUUGAAUUUAAAAUAUCAUAAUGGGAUAAUCAAAUCUUAAUUAAAACACCUUAAACAAUAGAACAAAAAAUAUUUAAGUCAACUGUUUUGNAUUUUGUUGUUUUAUUGUUGAAAUUGAUUUUCUUAAAUUUAGUGAUGUUAUUAAAAUGCUAGAAUUAGAUACCUUAUUUUAUAAUAAUAUUUAAAUAUAGAAAUGUAAAUGUUUUAUUUUAUAAAAUAUUAGAUAAUAAAUUUAAUGCGAAAUAAAAUAAAGUAAUACUCAAUAUUGACCAUACUAAAAUGAGAUGUUAUUUAUGAAUUCAAAAACUUGUCCUUCCAAUUUCCCUUUUAAUAUAUAAUUGUUAACACUCAUGAUGAGUAGUAUAAUCUAAUUAAAUUCUGUCUCCAUUAAGAAUGAAACCAAUUGCGGUUAUUGUAAUGGUGCUAAAUCUAAUAAACUAUGGGUUACUUCAGGCUUCUAUUGUUACAAAAUGAAAUUAGAUCAAUAUUAGUAAUUAAUGGAUAGGGGUUGGAGAAGAUGUGGAGUUUAUUAUUAUAGACCAGCAUUAGCAUAGAGUUGUUGUUAAGCUUAUGCAUUAAGAGUUGAUACUCACUAUUUUAAACAUAGAAUUACGCAUGAGAAAGUCCUUAAAAAAAUUAAAAGAAUCUAACCUAUUUAGAAUGAUCUUAAUGAUCUUCAUCAAAAGGUUUAAUUUAAAUCACAAAUUAAUCAAGAUCAAUUUACUUAAGCCAUCUUAUCUCAAAUAUAAACAGACAUUGAUACUAAAGAUUUAAUCAUUCUCUCUAAAGUUGGUUAACAUUUUACAUUUAAAAGCAUUUAAUAUAAAGAAGAAGAACAUAUCAAAUAAUUCAAAUAAAUUAUUAUAAAUUGUUUAUCCUCUAUAACAAUUUAAUAAUUAUCAGAUGUCUUCUCUAUUAAUAAUAUUGAACAUUAAAACAUUCUAUUUAAUCUAUUCACUUCUAGUUUAACUGAAUUCUCAAUAUAUGAAAUCACUGUUUUCAGAGGUUAAAUAAAUAAAGUAGAAAAUGAAUGGGGAUUUGGAUGUAAUUUAAUUCCUUAUUUCUACUCCAAAUUACAAACUAAAUUUAAGCCCUUGUAUCCUCAAUUCUUAACUUUAGAGGAAAACAAAGAGUAUAAAUUAUUAAUUUCUAAAUAUUUAUCUAACCUAUAAUUUGAAUUUAAAAUAUCAUAAUGGGAUAAUCAAAUCUUAAUUAAAACACCUUAAACAAUAGAACAAAAAAUAUUUAAGUCAACUGUUUUGUAUUAUUUGUAAAAAGCUGAUCUUUAACCAACCUAACUCUUGGCUAAAGAAAAAAAGAAUCAUUAAAUUGAAAUAAAGUGGGUUAAAGCAUAAUUUUAAGAAGAUAGUUUCGAAGUUUAUAAAAGAUAUUAAAAGGCUAUUCAUGAUAAAGAAAGAGUUAGUAAAUAAAGCUAUUUAAAUUUUGUAUGCGUAGAUGCCUUGGAUAGUUAAGAACUUGGUUGUUGGCAUAUGAAAUAUUAUUUAGAUAAUUAACUUAUAGCAGUUGGAGUAGUAGACCUAUUACCAUAAUCACUUUCGUCAGUAUACUUUUUCUAUGAUCCAGCAUAUAAAAAGUAUUCUUUGGGAGUUUAUGGCGUACUUUAAGAAAUAGAUUAUAUUAAAUAACAUUAGUAAUUGAAUCCUUAAUUAAAAUAUUAUUAUAUGGGAUUUUAUAUAAUGGAUAGUAAGAAAAUGGCAUAUAAAGCUGAUUAUACUCCCUGUGAAUUACUUUGUCCUUAAACUUAUAGAUGGAUUCCUUUGACAAAAUAAAUCAAAGAAAAAAUUAAAAAGAUUACAUAAUAUGCUUAAGAUGUGAGAUUGGCAGAAGAAUAGGAUAAAUAAUUAGGUUAUAGUAUUAAUUUAGAAGGAACAAUAAUUAAUGAUUUAGACUUUUCAGAUGUUGAUAUUCAAAAUUUCAUCCUUUCUAAUAUUAAAAUAUCUUAAGCAGGAAAACAGUAUUCAAUAUCAUAGCUAAAAAAAAACUAUCAGUAGUAUUUUAUGAACUUAUUCGAAAAUCUUCUUGGAAAAAUAGGCAAAUAAUUGAUGAAUGAAUUUUUAUUUGCUGUGAACUGA